AUGGAACAAUGUAUCACGAUUGCAAGUGCCUGUAAUUUGUAUUGGCGAAGACAUCAUCUGAGUGCUGAUUGUAUUGCUGUGGAACCAGCGGGUGGAUGGCAAGGUGCUCGUAAUAAUCAAUCGUUGAAAGCUCUGAAAUGGUUGAAAUGGGUGGAACAUACACUUCGAGAAGAAGAACGCGACAAUGGUUUACCCGCCAGAACGGAAGAUCGCGUGACGUAUGCAGGGAGUCGCGGGGAACACGCGAUCGUGACACCCACGCGUGUGUGUUACGUGGACGGUUUCGACCCUGUGACCCAGACCGUGUACGAAUUUCAUGGCUGUGUAUGGCAUGGUUGUCCUCGCUGCCAUCCCAACCGCAGAUUAGUUCCUAGAGUGCAUCUAGACCGUUCCAUGGAAGAAGUCUACGACGCGAGCUAUGCCAAAACCGCUUUGCUACGCUUGAUGGGUUUUACCGUGGUGGAAAUGUGGGAAUGUUUUUGGGAUGACCUCUCCAAACACGACCCGCGACUGAUACAGUUUCUUCAUACCUUGGAAAUUGUAGAACCCCUAGAUCCGCGUCAUGCAUUUUACGGUGGAAGGACCGGUGCUACAUGUUUGUACCACAAGACCGAUGAAGCCAAAGGAGAAAAAGUACAUUACAUCGAUGUCACUUCUGAAUAUCCGUGGGUGAACAAAUACGGAACUUAUCCCGUGGGACAUCCACAGAUUUUAACGAGUCCUCAGAUCACCGAUCUAUCAGAUUAUUAUGGCAUUGCCAAAGUGGAUAUUGUACCACCAGAAGAAUUGUUCAAUCCUGUCUUACCCUAUCGAAGUGGAGGAAAAUUGACUUUUCCGUUAUGCCGUACCUGUGUGGAACAACAACAAGCGAACCGAUGCUCGACCGCUAAUGGACCUGUACUCACACCGAUCAAGAACGCCUCAUCCACGGUACGUGGUGUACACCCGAAAUCAGUAAAGCCGUGCAAAAAGGGUACCGAAUUGUGAAAAUUCAUGAAAUCUGGCAUUUUCCCGAAGACCAGCGCGUCGAAGGAUUGUUUAUUGGGUACGUGGAUACAUGGCUGAAAAUGAAACAAGAAUCAAGCGGGCGGCCAUCUCAUGUACGCACCCCAGAGGAAUUGCAGAAUUACAUUAACCACUAUGAAGUGACUGAAGGUAUCCAAAUGGAACCAGGAAAAAUUGUGAAGAACGCAGCCGAACGUUCGUUAGCCAAACUCAUGUUGAACUCAUUCUGGAGUAAAUUUGGAGAACGGCUCAACAAACCUGCGGUGGAAUCAGUCACAGCGCCUCACGAAUUGUUUGAAUAUUUAAAUAAUUCGUUGAUGGUCAUUCAUGCGAUUCGCGGUUUUUCAGAAGAUGUCUUAGAGGUGGUGUUUAGCUACGUGGACGAAGGCGCCUCUAAAGGCAAGAAAACCAAUAUUUUCAUCGCUGCCUUUACGACCGCUCAAGCCCGCUUGAAAUUAUACAGUUAUCUGGAUCCCUUACGAGAUCAAGUCCUCUACUACGACACAGAUUCCGUCAUCUACUCAUGCAAACCCGGCCAAACCACGAUUGCAUUAGGCGAUUAUCUCGGCGAUAUGACCAGUGAAUUGAACGAGGAUGAUUACAUUACCGAGUUCGUAUCGGGCGGUGCCAAAAAUUACGGAUAUCUCACCAAACAAGGCAAGUAUUGCUGUAAAGUACGUGGAUUUACUCUGAAUUAUCGUGGAAGUCGGUACCUGAAUUACGAAGUAAUGAAACAAAACGUCUUGGAGGAAAUUACAGAUCCUUUGGACGAAGAGCGAAGAACCGUACCUGUGACCAACCCUUAUUUCUUUGUUUGGGAAACCAAAACAAAGAAAAUUAAGACUGUCGAGCGUAUCAAACAGCACGGUUUAGUGUUUGACAAACGCGUGAUUGACAAAGACACUUUUAUGUCGUAUCCGUACGGAUAUAAAAGGUUGUAA